AUGUUUUCCGUUUUCGAUGUCCCACCCAAUUCCAUUUUAACCAAUCGCCUUCUUUUUUGUUUCUCUUCUUCCCUUAAACUUCUCUUAUUUUUUUAUUACUUCUCGUGUCUCUCCUUUACCCAAUAUCCUUUUUAUGUGAUCAUUCCUCUCAUUGUUAUACUGUCUUUAAACAAACCCACAUUCUAUCUAUUUCUUCCUCUUCUUUACAACGUUCCACCUAACCAAUAUCAGCUCUUUCUCUUUUUGCCUCUUUUACUAAACCCUCCCUGUUCCUCAUACUUGCUUUACGCCGCCAACCUAACGUCACGGUCCACUCGGCCGCUGGUGAGUGGUUUAGCUACCGGUCUUCUCGACGGUUUUCCUGACCGCCUAACUGCUCUUCCCCAGCCUUCUUCCGCUAAGGCUAUCACAAACGACAGCCUCAUUCACCACUACUACCAACAUGACAACUUCUCCUCAUUUCACUGCUCUUUGGAAGCCGUUCCUCAGUCACAGCCAUCCCAUCAUGCUACUCUUGGCUAG